UUGCAGGUAUCAGUACUCAUCAGUAGCAUCCUGUGGGAAUGUAAGGCGGCUCGUUUGGCUGUGUUGCAGUGCACUCGUCCGGGCAAGCGGACGCCACAUGUGUCUCCAGUGAAAGAGGGCAUUGAUGUACCCGAGAUAAAAGCACUUGGAAAUAGUACUGCAUACUCUAUUGGCACCAAAGAAAGUGAGAGUACAAUAUAUGCUACAGCGUUUCCCGUAGAAAAGCUGGAUAGCAGUUUGACGCUGUCAGAGGUGAGCCUUAAAUUGGACGGAUCUUCCUUUCAGUGCUUUUUUCCUUUCUGGAUUCUGCUGGAUUUCGCGGAACUGAAUUCAUACCUAUGGAUCCAAUCGUCCAAAGUAUCGCCUCGUUUGAAAUCCAAACCAUUUUUCGCUGAACUUCCUCCUAAUCACUCAUUUCGUUCUUUUACUUAUCACUGCUAUUUUACAAGUUGA